GCGUUUCAGGAUGGCACAGCUGUUGGACGGUGCCGGCAAACUGGGCUGGGUUCUCCUCAAGUCGGUGCUCCGUUUCACCUUCAUGUUCUUCAACAACUGUGUAGCCAUCCCAUCCUACUGCUUAUAUCUGCUGCUGCUGCAGCCCCUCAGAAUAUGGGACCGCUCUGCUUUCUGGCACAUCGAAGGGGUCAUGUUCAAGUGGCUGCUGGCUAUGGUGUCUUCAUGGGGCUGGAUUGCAGGUUACACAGUCACGGAGUGGGGGGAUGACGUGCGACCCAUCUCGGAAGAAGAAGCCAUGGUCAUCGUCAAUCAUCAGUCCACUGGAGAUGUUUGCACGCUCAUGAUGUGCCUGCAAGACAAGGGCACGGUGGUACGGAAAAUGAUGUGGUUGAUGGACCAUGUGUUCAAAUACACCAACUUUGGUCUAGUGUCUCUGAUUCACGGGGACUUCUUCAUUAGACAGGGUAAAGCUCACAGAGACAAGCAGCUGAUCUACUUGAAAGAGCACCUAGAGAAAUACUACCACAGCCGUGACAGGAAGUGGAUAGUGCUCUUCCCCGAGGGCGGCUUCCUAAGGAAGAGGCGAGAAACCAGCCAGCUGUUUGCCAAGAAGCACUCGCUGCCCCACCUAACCCAUGUCACGUUGCCUCGUCUCGGGGCCUCCCACGUUAUCCUGAAGACCCUGUCAGCCCAGCAAGAGAACGGCAGCGUGGGCAUGGACGCUGGAACCAAAAACCAAACAGCUAACAAAAUUAAAGGCCUGCAGUGGAUUAUUGAUGUGACCAUAGCAUACCCCAAAGCAAGACCAAUGGACAUCCAGACCUGGAUCUUUGGCUACAGGCCUCCUACCGUCACACAUGUGCAUUACAGGAUGUACCCAAUAAAAGAGGUUCCUGUGGAGGCGGAGGCCCUGACCGACUGGCUGUAUCAGAGGUUUGUGGAGAAAGAGGAGUUGUUGGCCCAUUUCUACGACACAGGAUCAUUCCCUCCUCCAGAAGGACACAAGGAGGCAGUUUCCCGGCAGAUGACCCUUGACCCCGUGUGGCUCUGCAUGGUGCAGUCGUUCGCCAUCGCCUCUGGCUACAUGUGGUACAACGUCCUCCAGUACCUCUACUGCUGUUUAUUUUGAGCGCGCAGACGGAGUCUCAAUCAGACCGCCGGAAAAGCCUCAGGAUCGGACGGCGUGUGGCCCACCGUCACACUUUCCCCCUCCUCCCCCCCCCACGAUGGAUGAAUGUACAUCUGCAACAGUGGAGACUUAAGGAAUAACGACAACAAAAUAACAACUCAAAUUGACAAAAACCCGUACAACAUGGUCACAGAGGUAGUUAAGUUGCACACAGACCUAAUGCCACACUCUCGCUCCAGCAGAAUAAUCUCCACCCACCCCCACCCCACUCUUUUCACAUUUUAAUGUUUACACAUCCCUUUCAUGUAGACACAGGAAUUUCAUUUGGAGUUAAUGAGGCCUCCUCCAGCAGAUGCUCUGGACUGAUUGAGGUUUUAGGCGCAGUAGUUUCACGCAGCACUGACGGAUGCUUUCGAUCAGAAGCAAAACACUUCUUCUUCUUCUUCUUCUUCCACGCGAGA